AACCUUCCUUGUAUCUCUCCUGAGACAUCUUUGCUGCAAGAUCGAGACUGUCCUCUGGUGAGAAGCUGUCGAGGCCUCGUGUCAUAGUCCAGAUCUGAACAGCAACAUGGGGUGCAAAGUCCUGCUCAACAUUGGCCAGCAGAUGCUGCGGCGGAAGGUGGUGGACUGUAGCCGGGAGGAGACACGGCUGUCUCGCUGCUUGAACACUUUUGACCUGGUGGCCCUUGGGGUGGGCAGCACGCUGGGUGCCGGCGUCUACGUCCUGGCUGGAGCGGUGGCCCGUGAGAAUGCGGGCCCUGCCAUUGUCAUCUCCUUCCUGAUCGCUGCACUGGCCUCGGUGCUGGCCGGCCUAUGCUACGGGGAGUUUGGUGCUCGGGUCCCCAAGACAGGGUCAGCUUACCUCUACAGCUAUGUCACCGUUGGGGAGCUCUGGGCCUUUAUCACCGGCUGGAACUUAAUCCUCUCCUACAUCAUCGGUACUUCAAGCGUAGCAAGGGCCUGGAGUGCCACCUUCGAUGAGCUGAUCGGGAGACCCAUCGGGAAGUUCUCGCGGACACACAUGGCUCUGAACGCCCCCGGCGUGCUGGCCGAAAACCCUGACAUAUUCGCCGUGAUCAUAAUUCUCAUCUUGACAGGACUUUUAACUCUUGGUGUGAAGGAGUCGGCCAUGGUCAACAAAAUAUUCACUUGUGUCAACGUCCUGGUCCUGGGCUUCAUAAUGGUAUCGGGAUUUGUGAAAGGAUCAGUUAAAAACUGGCAGCUCACGGAGGAGGAUUUUGGGAACACAUCAGGCCGUCUCUGUUUGAACAAUGACACAAAAGAAGAGAAGCCCGGUGUUGGUGGAUUCAUGCCCUUCGGGUUCUCUGGUGUCCUGUCGGGGGCAGCGACUUGCUUCUAUGCCUUCGUGGGCUUUGACUGCAUCGCCACCACAGGUGAAGAGGUGAAGAACCCACAGAAGGCCAUCCCCGUGGGGAUCGUGGUAUCCCUCCUGAUCUGCUUUAUCGCCUACUUUGGGGUGUCAGCUGCCCUCACACUCAUGAUGCCCUACUUCUGCCUGGACAAUAACAGCCCCCUGCCCGACGCCUUUAAGCAUGUGGGCUGGGAAGGCGCCAAGUAUGCAGUGGCCGUGGGCUCCCUCUGUGCCCUUUCCGCCAGUCUUCUAGGUUCCAUGUUUCCUAUGCCUCGGGUUAUCUAUGCCAUGGCUGAAGAUGGACUGCUAUUUAAAUUUUUGGCCAAGGUCAAUGACAGGACCAAAACACCAAUAAUCGCCACGUUAGCCUCGGGUGCCAUUGCUGCUGUCAUGGCCUUCCUCUUUGACCUGAAGGACUUGGUGGACCUCAUGUCCAUUGGCACCCUCCUGGCUUACUCGUUGGUGGCUGCCUGUGUGUUGGUCUUACGGUACCAGCCAGAGCAACCUAACCUGGUAUACCAGAUGGCCAGUACUUCCGAUGAGUUAGAUCAUGCGGACCAAAAUGAGCUGACUAGCACCAGUGAUUCCCAGCUGGGUUUUUUACCAGAGGCAGAGAUGUUUUCCUUGAAAACCAUACUCUCACCCAAAAACGUGGAGCCUUCCAAAGUCUCUGGGCUAAUCGUGAACAUUUCAACUAGCCUCAUAGCUGUUCUCAUCAUCACCUUCUGCCUUGUGGCUGUGCUUGGAAAAGAGGCUCUCACCAAAGGGGAGCUGUGGGCAGUCUUCAUGCUUGCAGGGUCUGCCCUCCUCUGUGCCAUGGUCACGGUCGUCAUCUGGAGGCAGCCCGAGAGCAAGACCAAGCUCUCAUUUAAGGUUCCCUUCCUGCCAGUGCUCCCCAUCCUGAGCAUCUUCGUGAAUGUCUAUCUCAUGAUGCAGCUGGACCAGGGCACUUGGGUCCGGUUUGCCGUGUGGAUGCUGAUAGGCUUCAUCAUCUACUUUGGCUAUGGCCUGUGGCACAGCGAGGAGGCGUCCCUGGAUGCUGACCAAGCAAGGACUCCUGACGGCAACUUGGACCAGUGCAAGUGACGCACAGCCCCGCCCCUCGGAGGUGGCAGCACCCCACCCCCCCCUCCAGUGCAACAGGAAUCACCCACACCCACACCCACACUGUAGCCGAAGGUGCAAUUACUUGAACUGCAGCCCUAGCCCACUCUCGGCUCUGCAGCUGGCUCUCCAGGCCCUGGUCACCUCCAGACAGCUGCCUGGCCAGGGCCACUGGGCUGCGGCUGGCCACUGUGUCUCUUCACUUCUCUGAACAAAGAGAGCAGGUCCUCUCCUACCAGCUCAGCCCCAAGCUGCUGCAGCCUCAGGCAGAGUGGAGGUCACCUUCUCCCCUUAUCUUGGGGACCAGGCCUUCCUCCCGGGGGACUGUUCUGGGGUUGAAAUUCUGCAUACUCCACACACACCUUAGCAACCAUCUUCCCGCUCAGCCCCAAAUACCCAGCAGUCAAGCCAGAUGAGUACCACAAAACAGUGCGUCCCACCAGCCCCCCACCCGCAGAGCCAAACGAUGGUAGUACACUUAAAAAGAAAAAUCAGGUGGUUUUUCCCCAUUGUGUUCAGAUGGGUCGUUAGGACUGGACCUGGCCCAUCCCUCAGCUUCUGAGGGCUUUGCUGUGACACCACGGCAGCCGCCCGGGGCCGGCCAGCAGGGCUGAGGGCAGCUGGUUCCUCUCAAAUGAGGAAGAAGGGAUCGCUCCCAUUAGGGCCUGGUGGGAGGUGGCCGGCUCUGCUUGUCCGUGUGUGUGCGCAUGUAUAAACCAGGGACCUCCUUCAGCCCACGCCUUCCAGGCCUGGGCCAGUUCUUGCUGCUCCUGCCGUCUCCCCCAUCGGCUGUGUCCUGAGUAACUGGAACGUGAGACUGUAUCUGGGCGGGAUUGUCCUCACGCGGCAGAGUUGGGAACUUUCCUGUGAGUCGCCGCCGCUCACUCAGUCUUGCCCUCCCAUGCUUGGAACCAGUCUGUUGGCUCUUGUGAGGUUCUCAGGGUGGGUAGCAGCUCAGCCCAGGGUCAUGACAUGUCGGGUCAUGGUGUUUCUGGCCCUGACAUGAGCUGCCCAGCUUCUUUGUUACGUAUGAUGAAAUUGAAAUCAAGCCACGGCCCAUGAAAUUGUGAAUCACUCCACCAGAUUAAGUUAGGGUGUAACGUUAACUUGGAAAUGGCCACGUCAUCACCCCCUGUGGUUGGCGUACUGCUGAGGUGCUUGGGCCGUCGGGGAGGUGAUUUCCAGGCAUAUUGUUGUCCCUUCUGUGCGUCCGUCAUCCGGAUGCUGCGGACCCCAUGCCUCCGCAAGUGGAAGGGUCCGGAGCAUCCUCCCCUGCCUCUCUUGCCUGGGUCAGGGCCUGCAGCCAACACCAUUUCACACACUCCUUGUAGAUGGAAGCCAGAGGAAACCUGGAUUCGGGUGGAGCCCUACUUCCAUUGAGACUAUAAUUCAGAGACAGAAGGCUGAUGGGGGAGGGAGAGGAAGGUGGGCAUUUUGGACACCAGGGGAAAUGGAAAUCCUGCUUUCAAAACUAGUUUCCUUUCCAUUUCUUCCUAGUCUGCCCUUUGACACAAAUCUGGUAGAAAGAAGCCUGAUAAACUGAGGGCCCUUAUGCACUCCCUGUGCCAGAAGAUUCUCGGAGAGAAGUGUGAGAAUUUGGGAACUCGCCAGCAGAGGGCGGGUGGGCGGCCUCGGGCUGGGCCUCCGUAUCAGGCCUGCUCACCUUGCUGGAAGCUUUGUUCUGAUCUCAUUUUGAAAGUUCCAGAGGGAGCAUCAUAAGAGCCCAAAGCUCCGAUUUCCAAAGAGAGGUAUUGACAUUUAUGUAGAUUGGUGCUGUAACAUAUUUUGAUAAAUACUAACUUAUUUUGUUGGGGUUUUGAUUAUCUCUUGUCCUAGGACCUGGUAGUUAUUUACUUGAUUUUUUUUUUCAUGUUAUUUUCUACAUAGGUAAAGAGAACUCGAGGGAAGGAAUUUCCAAGAAAAGUUAAAGUGGUGGGAGGGAGAGUUUUUUUUUUUUUUUCAACUCUAGUUUUUCUUUCCGGCUGAAAUUUCUGUGCAAGACAUCACGCAAUAGACAUUUAGAGUUGACACUUGAGCGGGUGCCAUGGAUCAUUCUGUAGAUUGAGAGGGUGUGUCUCCCCUGCUCCCAUCAUGGGAGCUCGCUGACAGCUGGGAGUCUGGCCUUCCUCACGCAGAAGCCUUAAAGCCCGAUGCGGAAGCACGCCCAGGUCGGCAGGGAUGGGAUCCCCCUGCACCCCCGCCUUAGAGGACGGUCUUCCUAGUUAGGAAAGGACACGUGGGGUGCCUUGCAUAAAUAGUUCACUGGCCACCGUGCUUUUAUGGGGAGUUCUUUUGUACUGUUGCCAGGGGUUUUCUCUGCUGCAUGUGAGGGCAGUGAUUUAAGUCAUGGUGUUUGGAGUAAGCCUCACAAUUUUAAUAGACUUUUUUUCUUAUCACAUCCCUCAUUUCUUUCCCUGAAAUAAAAAUACACACAGCAAAAAAAAAAUGAUAGUUUCACAUCUCUUAGUUCCCUUGGCUAAACGAGAAUAUUCUUAGUUCCACGGCUGGGCAGGAUUUUCCUUCAUAGAACUCCCACAUUACUAGAGGCACACCAGCCAAGGGAGUAUUGUGUCUACUUUUAUCUGUGCACCAGCCACAAAUACCCACAUUGGAAAGACCCAUUUGUGAUGGGUAAACAUCCCUUCCUGUCUCCCACACCCCCGUGACCACCCUGCAUGUGCUCAUGACCUCCAAAGGCCCACACUCAUGAAGUGGCAAACCCAGCAGAUCCCCGGGCCCCCUGCCUCAGGACCUCUGCUGAAGAGGGGGAUGAAGGGGGUCUCCAGAGAGGCAUCAGGGGACUUGAGGGUGGCUGGCUUGGGAGCCAGCUUACAGGAGUGCAGCUCUGUGGUGGGGAGGGGCACCGUCCGGCGACCAGGCCUCUGCACAUCCCCACCCUCCUUAACCUGCUCACAGCGUCUUGGCCAAGGCUUUGUGUACCAGAUGUUUUUUUCUAAAUGAAGAGGUGAUCAGAUCUCACCUCACUGUUGGUUUUGUUUUUGCAGCAGCAAAAGCUCUCUUUCCACUGCGGCUUUUAUCUCUAUCAGGCAACCAGCCACCUGGUCCCGUGUGCUGACCGUAGCACAGUGGCCAGGAUCCAAUGCGAGUCCAGGGGUGACCGCAGGACGGUGGAGGCGGCGAGCUUCUCCACGCAUCCCAGCCGCCAGGGCCCUGAUGCACUCCCUCCUGCCCCUUCAGCACAUCCGUGUGCACAGCUGGAGGGGCACCUGGCCCGCUCACCUUCGUCCAGACCCGUGGAAAUGCUGGCGAUGCCAGCUCCUCCCCACCUUGCCCCUGCCGCUGAGCAGGCAUUAACUGGCUGGUGUUUGCAGUCCCACAUGGUGUGGCCUCCAGAGCGGUGAGUUCCAGUAGGGGAGCGUGCGGACAUGCUCCAUAGAGGCCCCGCCCAGGCCUACAGGGCAAGGUCUUGGACACUGACCCAGGAGUCACCGCUAAAGCAAGCCUGCCUUGGCUCUGUGCCGGGGCCCCUCUCUCCUGAUUCACACAUCCCAUUUUUGCACAGACACUUCCUUCUUAAGAGCUGACAGCUCUGUCGGCAUCCAAGAACCCACACCAUGAAGACAGGGAGUGAGGGGCCUUUGUGCCCAGGCCAGCACAGCUGCGUUCUGGAGUGGAUGCGAGGCAUGUUCGUGUCCAUACCUCUGCCAGUUCCCAGGACACAGAAAUUGCUGGGUGGAGGCGACUUAAGGCUUGUGUGUAGAGUGGUUGCGGCGUUCACCUGCAGACCAAUCUGAAUAUAUGUCAUGUAUAAUUGUUAUGUGUAAUUUAAGAUAUAUCUGUUUGCCAUCGUCAUGGGAAGCUAUGUAACGCUCUUAAGGGAGAGGGAGGUGUGCAUGCUGUCAGGCUCCUGUGGACUUUGUCCUAGUAAUGAAAUGCUCUGUCGAUCCAGUGGUGCAAGAAGCUACACUCCAUGUGUCAUCACGCUUAGGAAUGACGUCAAAUGGAUUUUUAAGGCAAAAGCUGUCAGCAACACCCAUCAUCGUCCCUCGCAUCCAAUCUUUCCGUGCCAGUGCUUCAGAGCCACAGCGCUCUCUUGCCAUCGGGACUGGCUGGGCCUGGCGUCUCGGGGCUCAGUUACCAUGGAGCCCUCCUGGAUCACUCUACAAAUGUGCUGAGUGCCAGCUGAAAACCCCACAGGAGAUGGAGUACCUUGGUCAAACUUAGGGAAGAUUUUUCUCAGGGUAUUUACCAGUGUGUCCAGCAGGUCAGGAAGCAGGGAUGGAAAGACGCAUUCAGACUGCUAAUUUAUUAACAAGGCAAAUGAGUUCAUGUUUCUUGAUGACAAACUAUUAAGUUUGGGAUUUAUUUUCCCAUUCGAGAAGUUAUAAUAUAUAUUUAAGAUAAGUUUCCUGCUUAAGUUGUGCCUUUCUGCUUCAACGAGUUUAAGGAGCACUAAGGGUAAUGCUACCAAUGAGGGUUGGUUUAUUAUCAAACCUGAAUAGCUGUGGUUUCUCCAGCAAAUGUUUUCUUCUACUGAACAUGGAGCCAUUAUUAAGAGUUGUGUGUUUUUUUUUAUUAUGUACAUUUGUAUAUUUUUUUGCUUGUUUGAUGUUCUAUUUUUCUAAUAGUUUUCUUAUAGUUUCCUAAAGUUGCGACACUAGACAUAGAGUCCGAUGCUAACUGCAAAUCAGGCUGGCCUCUGCUGGGUCUCUCCUGCUUUUAUUUUACUGUAAGGAUAAUGUAGUUGUCGUCCACCACCUUUCAAAAAAUGUGAAACUGCCCCGCCCGCGCCCCCCCCCCGCCUUUUUGCUGACAUCACUGUGUACAUUGACAAUUUCCUACCAUACUUUAUGUUAUAAAACCAAACUAUUUUGUGGUACAUUAUCUCACGCUUCCACAAAUUCUAAUAAAUUCUGUCUAUGGCUUCCAUG